AUGGUGUGCCAGUCUUGCUGUAAAGAAGACACAAGGAAGAAAUACAAGAGGGGGCUCUGGUCACCUGAAGAGGACCGUAUAUUGAAAAGCUAUGUUCUCAAAUAUGGCCAUGGAUAUUGGAGUCAUGUUCCUAAACUAGCUGGUCUACAAAGGUGUGGUAAGAGUUGCAGACUUAGGUGGAUAAACUACUUAAGGCCCGGCCUAAAACGAGGGGGGUUUUCCCAUGAAGAACAGAUUAUUAUCAUCAAUGCACAAGAAAUCAUAGGCAACAAGUGGUCUCUGAUUGCUUCAAUGCUUCCUGGGCGUACUGACAACGAGGUAAAGAAUUUCUGGAAUACCCAUUUGAAGAAGAAGCUCAACAUAUUGGGAAGAGAUGAAAGUGCACACAAAACUCUUGAAGAGCACACAAGAAAGGAGAUAGUAGAGUGUAGUAGCACAAACACUUGUACAGAAGCAAAUGAACUGCCUAGGGAUAAUCACAUUUAUGCUUCAAAUGAGGAACUUAAUUUGCAGAGCUCUACAUAUGGAAGUCCUGAGGAGAUUACAAUGCCAUUAGCUGCAGAAUCUGGGCAUCAAUAUGUAAAAGCCAAUCCUCGUGAGUCAAAAUCCCUGCUGGCAGACAAUUCUUUUCUGGGUGGUCUAUUUCAUGAAUGGUUUUAUUCAGGCCAGAAUGAAAAGCCCGCCAUUAACAUGACCUCCAAUAGAUUAGAACUGUUGCCACAAUUAGGGACCGACUCAGAAAAUUCAAUCUGCAUGAAUUACCAGUCAAAUCAGUACCCACUUCCAAAAGAAACAAGGCAGGUUUUUACAAGUUCAGAAUUAUUGAGCCCACAAGAUCAAAUUUUGAACUUGUCUAGCGAUGUAUCAAACAAUAACAUGUUGUGGGGUUCCUCUUCUGAGAGCUCUCUGCCAUGUGAAGAGUCAGACAUUCUCUGCAACGAUUUGUCGACUACAAGUACAAGUAGUUUUAAUGAUUGGGAUAACAUGAGCUAUAAUGAGGUUGAUUUGGGAUUUCAUGGAGACUAUUCUUUCGUAGAGAACUUAGAUUUCAGCUGA